GGCAGUUAAGAAUACAAUACGAAGAAAUCAUGUCCCAGCAACCGUCCAACUCAGACCUCGACCCUAAAAAGCUGGAGGCGGCAGUGGAGGUCCAUCAGAAAGCACUGGACGAUCUGGUGAACGUGAACUCGCUCUUCACCGCCGCGGUCUUCGUGGGCCUGGCGUUCGCGAACGCUGGACAACAGAACAUAGAGGGCAACAAGCAGUGUGAAGCUGGAGUUCGGGUGGCAAGGAGGCUGGUCAAGAACGAAGUGAUAUCGUUCGCGUGCUAUCUCUUUUCCAGCCUCGUGGCCAAAUCCCUCAAGACCCACCUCUUCACCUACCUAAUCUCCCCACACACUUACCAACAAAUCAAUGACACGCCGAGCAAGGUGCUGAGAGGAUCCAUGUUCGCUCUCUCCACGUCGACCUCUGUCAUGGGCGGCGUGUUGCUCUUGUACUCCAUGGUCGACAUGAUUCAGCUCCGGCUCGGCACGAUCGCUUGCAAAGGUACCGAGACAUUAAAUGCUGUCGGUGCCCUGUUGGCGGUCAACAUAUUCGCGUUGGUUAUCUAUAUACCAUUUGUCUCCCAUGCCAUCUAUAAAUCCACGAAGAUCUUCAAUAAAGUAAAAACCAGAAGCUGGUGCGACAGCAUCGCCUGCUAAAACUCCACAGAGAUCUUCGACAACCUAAAUAAAACAAAAGAUGGCUCUUCCGAACCAUCGGCAGGUGCAACAUUCUAAGCUUGAUGCUGUGUCUUUACUUAUAUAACUAGCCGGGUGGAAUUGCGAGAUGAGUGUUGAAUAAAGGGGAGCUUUCUUUGCUUUCCCGGGGCGUGAGUCAAAUAUAUGUGUAUUUGUGUCUAUUUGUCAGCUUCCCUACGUUUACAGUUUCUGCAAUAAUAAGAGGGAGAUACAGAACCACUCUUGUCAGCA